UUUUUUUUAACUUAGGGGUGGUGGCUGGUCUUUGCUCCAGAACUUCCAGUUAGAGAAAGCGUGGGAAUGUAGUACUAUAACAGGCUGAACAAAGUUUAAUUUAACUUACCAAAGAAUUUUGUUUGACUUUUUUUUAUAAGACUCAGACUAACCUUGCUGAUCAGUCAUAGAGCAAAUCAUUCCAGACUUUCUUCAGACAUUUCAAGUGUGAGGAAGUUCACACAAGAGUGGGUAGCGAAAAGCUAGCUACCUAGUUCCUAAGUUUAACAGACUGAAAGACGCCUCUGGCCCAGUUUGGUAGUGCGGAGCAAUGCAGGCCAUCAAGUGUGUCGUGGUUGGGGACGGAGCUGUGGGUAAGACAUGCCUGCUGAUCAGCUACACCACUAACGCCUUCCCUGGGGAGUACAUCCCCACCGUGUUUGACAACUACUCUGCCAAUGUGAUGGUGGAUAGCAAACCAGUCAACCUGGGUCUAUGGGAUACAGCAGGACAGGAGGACUAUGACAGACUCCGCCCCCUGUCCUACCCACAGACGGAUGUGUUCCUUAUCUGUUUCUCCCUUGUGAGCCCUGCCUCAUUUGAAAAUGUCCGGGCCAAGUGGUACCCAGAGGUGAGGCACCACUGCCCCAACACACCCAUCAUCCUGGUGGGCACCAAGCUGGAUCUGAGGGAUGACAAGGACACCAUCGAGAAGCUGAAGGAGAAGAAGCUGACCCCCAUCACCUACCCCCAGGGUCUGGCUAUGGCCAAAGAGAUUGGUAUGUUGUGCAGUAAAGUACCUGGAGUGUUCUGCCCUGACCCAGCGCGGCCUGAAGACCGUGUUCGAUGAGGCCAUUCGGGCCGUCCUCUGCCCACCACCUGUCAAGAAGACGAGGAGGAAGUGCAGCCUGUUGUAAACCGGCAGAUGGCACGUGUCCGGAUCUGGGUUCCGGCCCGGGUUAGACGCUGACAGAAAAGCCUUUCAUAUAGCCACUACUAUGUUAAUCUGACAAACUCUUCCUUGGUUGAAAGAAACCGAACAUAGUUUUAGGAAUGGGUUUUGUUGAUGAUACCCAGUGUUUGUGCAGACACACAUGAAGUUUAUGAAAUUCUUGAGGCCUUCAGAAAAUCGAUUUCCACCUGCUUCAAUAAGAUGGAGUUUUUCCAAUUCUGCUUAUUCCACCAGUAGUCCAUUUUGUUUAUGGUAUUAAGAGGUUGUUUUGAGCAGAAUGUGACAUUGCCAAACUGCAUACUGCAGAUAGACAUUAUAGACACUAAUUUUCAAGGUUUACACCUUAACACUGUAUUAGUACUGGUAAUAUUUUCGCUUGAAGCGUACAGGGAAUGCUUACAUUGGUAGGCCGGCAUAUUUCUAGUCGGUGUUCUGUAUGGAAUUCUAUGAAAAAAUCAAGUUAAUAGUAACAUUAGUUUUAUUGGCUCUGAAUAAUAAUAAUUUAACUACAUGAAUCAGUUUUGUGUUUUUGAGUUGAGCUGAGAUUUUGAAGUAUGGAAGCAGUGGUCCAAUUUUCUACAACACUGUUGUGUACACAUUUUGUUCUUAAGUGUCAGUUACUAACAUGUCUGUCCCAUAAAUGUUAAUUCAAGUCAAACCUGGGCAUAUUGAUGGGGCUUAGCAGUCAUCGAUGAAGAAAAAGUGCUUUAGACCCACAACCUGAAGCCGGUCUUGACAUUCUUUUACAUCUGUUUAUGCUAACAGUUGUGCUGUUAGACCACAGACUAUCAGUAUUUCAUGUAGCACUGCACAGUUGGACUUACUAGUUAAAAAAAUAAACUGCUGUGUCCACCUUGUAUGACCUAAAUGAUAUAGGUGCCUGGGAAAUGGGAAGUCUGCAACUCUGAUUAGGGUGUCUAGAAUGGAGAGACAGUAUGUCUCUUUAUUUUUCUCUGCAUUUAUCAGCAAUUAUUUGUGCAUCAAUUUGUGUAUUUUUGUAAGCCCAUUUUAUUGCAAUCACCAUACUUGGAAAACAAAUUCACCAAUAAUGUAUCAUUUUAAUGCUAGAAGAAUUCUGAUUACAAAGCUACUGUCAUCUGUUAUAAUUACAUGAAUUACUUUGGCAUUUCCACUGAUGUUAUUUAUACAUUGCUCACUGUAUCUUUAAACUAACACUAUGACUAGUAUUGUUUAUCUCCUAAAAAUGUCUCUUCAUUUCCCUGCAAGUCUUGUCUCUUAAUUGUGCAUAUCAAUGUGCUACAUGUCCUGAAGAGUAAAACAUCACUGCAUACAUUUAUAUUUUUUUUUGGCAUUUAUGAACUAUUAUAUAUCAGAUGUACAAGUUAUGAUGUAUCCAUUGUAUUUAGGCAUCAAGCUAUGCAUCAACUGAAAGCCAAUGUUGUGACUGGUUGCUUUUAUGGAUGAAGCUGUUGUCACUGAGUCAAUAUAUUUGAAUUAAACACUGUUCUACCUUG